AUGUGGACCGAUGACGAAGUUAGAAUGUUGAUUGACGAAAGAAAAGAAGGUAACGAUCAUUACCACUCCCUCGGUGGGGGAGUUGUAAGAGAGCGUGGUGGACCUCAACCGCUGCAAAAAUCAACCAGAGAUACCGAACUACUUAUACAGGGUGCCAGGCUUCUGAAAAAUUCCAUGGCAUCUGAGGACCCGAGAGGAAAACAAACAAGAAACGGAGAAAGAUAUCAUUUACAAAGACAACAACAGGAUCCUGAUCAGGAUCAUAAGUUACGAAGUCAACAACAACAACAGCAACAGCAUCAGCAGAAUUCUGAUCAUCCUGAUCAGGAUCAAAAUCAACAGCAACAGCAGGAUCAGCAAGUGGUCCAAGUAUUUGAUGAUGAAUUAGAAAGAGAGGAUUCUAGCCAGGCUAGCCAGUCUAGCCUGGCUAUUUGGGAAAUUGACGAUGAUUAA